UUUCACAUUUCAGCCAGAAGCAUGGUUUUGUUUACAUAGUAAUAACUGAUUGUCAAUUCUAGUAAACUUCAAGGAAAAUGAUUUGAAAGUAAAUUACACAGUUACGUUUUGUGCAAAGAUUUUGUGAUAUCUCUUACUCUAAAUUUUGCACCCAAGUUUGCUCUGUAUAACUGGUCAUCAAUGAGUUCUACACCCGUCCGCAGCCCUGGAGGAGGCUCCUCAAAACGAAGAGAAUCUUUCUCACCCAUUAUUCUUCCUGAAAGUCCAGUUACAAGCAUGAAGCAGAAAGGAAAUUUGACUGGAAAUGCAAGGAUCAUACGGGAUAAUUGUGCCUCCAUUUGUAAUCUCAGUAAAAAAUGGGAUGUGAGUAACCAAGUAGGAGCUGACAUAGUGAUGAAGAUUAUCAACUUAAAAUUAGAAGCACGGGAACAGUCAACUGGUAGCUCCGAAGAAGUGCAGUAUCCUGUAGGCUUGGAAGAAUUAAUCAUAGAAUUGGAAAAUACAUGUGCAAAUAUGGCGACAAUUGUUGAUGAAAUGGAAAAAUCAAAAGGUCAUCUUCUUGGUGUGGAGAAGUUAGAAAAAUUCCAGAACAAAGGGGACACCCCAAUUUUCGUCUCUUGGCCCACGGCUAAAUUUGGGCAAUUUGCAGAUUAUGUCGCUAGUGUGUACAGGAAGGAAUUGAAAGUGAAGGUGAAAGUGAAAGAAAAAAUCGCACAUCAAUCAACCAGGGAGAACUUGAUGUUCUACUUCUCAUGUUGGUUUUAUCAGGUGUAUAUUGACAAAGAUAUCAAAGAAGAGUUGUAUAACAUGGCAAUGGAAGUUGGUUUCAGAUGAUGAAAAUGCCAGUUAUAUGUAGGUUAUCCUGUUAGGGCGACAGUUUCGCUGCCAAGAGGGUAAUUUUUCCCUCCUUGAAAUGCCAUCAGUAUCUGCAGGCAGUUCUCCAUCUUCACUUGGCCUGUUAUUCACCUCACAAAAGAUGAUUCCUUGAGCCACUUGCUGGCAGAUUCCUUAUCAAACUUGGGGCAUAUAUAUUUUGCAUUAAGUAGAUUUUUGAACACUGCUAUUAGUACAAGUAAGUGAUCAUGUUUUAAAAAGCAUCAUGAAUUGUUGAUUUUUACAAGUGAAAAAUAGUCCUCACCGUGAAAAAUUUGUGGCAAAAAAUGAAUUGGUGCAAAAGUGAUGAACGAGAGCUAUACUUAUGAAACACCUUUGUAAAUUUUCGUCACUUCAGAGGUUCUUCUAAUGUAAAAUUGUACACUCCUCAUUUUUGUGCAGAUGGUACAACGCAGUGCUUUUACGAAAGUAAAGCAAUUUUUAAUUGAAAGGACCAUUAUCUAAUGGUAACAAUGAACAACUUAUAAUUUGUUCGAAGAAAACACAUUUACAGGAGCUCUAACUAUGGUCCAAUUGGGCUGAAAUUCUGCAGGGAUUUUAUUUUCAUGUAUCGGUAUCUAUUAGAGACAUGAGAACUGAACUUUUCUAACUUUUUUUUUCUCACUAUACAAAUAAGCUAUACUGCAUUGUGCAGCCAUGUGCACCAAAAUUAACAUUUUUUGUUCAUAUUACUGUAGGAUAACUUAAGUAAACAACUGUGAUGCAUAUUUGUUGUUGGUUUUAACAUUUUUGCCGUGUUUAACAGAUUUCUAUCAGUUUUUGUUAAUCGGUUUUUAAUAAAAUUGUAAAAAAGGAAA